UCGCGCGGAUCGCGCCAGGUGUGUGUCGAUGUGAGAUGUGAGUGCGAAUAUAAAUCGCGUGCGUUGAGAAAGACGGGACACGGUUCUCGCCGUUUGAGAGAGAGACAUCGGCCAUCGAAAAAAAAAAAAAGGGUGACCCGAGACGUGACGACGAUUUGAUACUCCAGAUGCGCGCUCGCGAUUACGCCGUGUCGCCAGGCGACACCGCGAGGUGUGUCCGACGGUUGAGCGAAAUUACGCAACGUGGCCGAGUUCGCGGAAAAAAUUAGGGACAUUUUCCGCGACUCUUUGCGAACGAGCGAGAGAGAGAUAGAGAGAGAGUGAGUGAGUGAGUGAGUGCGUGUGCGAGAGAGGGAGAGAGACUGCCAACGAAAUCGAUAAGUGUUUCUCUGCGUAUAGAGAGCUGACCUACGUCGGUGGCUUUGUAAGAGCUGCUGAAAAUUUUUAUCGCACAUUAUACGAAACACCAGGUCAAUUUUCGGAAUUAAUUCGGCGCGAAACCUCCUAACCGGACUUCUCGGUUUUGCUCCGAUUCGCAACGGGACGGUUUAAAGGUACAUAUUUUAAAAAACCCCUCUCUGGGUUUUAUCUCAAGAGGUCUCUCUCUUGCAUUUGUUCAUUAACAGCAUAUCAAGAUGACAUCGACAAAGUCAAAAGAAGUGGCAGAGGAGUAUAUCUCCUCCCUGUCAGAUCUUACAAUCAACAGUAAGCCGCUUAUUAACAUGCUCACAAUGCUGGCAGAAGAUAACAUUGAACAUGCACCAGCGAUAGUGCAGGCUGUUGAGAAUCAUCUACAAAAGGUGAGAAGUGACAUUAAGUUGCCAGUACUCUAUCUCAUCGAUUCAAUUGUCAAAAAUGUGAACGGAGACUAUUUGAAUCUCUUCACACAAAACAUAGUGAACACGUUCUGCGGAGUGUUUGAGAAGGUCGAUGAGAAUACAAGAGCCUGUAUGUGGAAAUUGCGGCAAACGUGGAAUGAUGUAUUUCCACCAAAAAAGUUGUUUUCAUUAGACGUGCGGGUCCAAAGUAUCGACCCUGCAUGGCCAAUCACUGCCCCUCCUACCACUAUGUCUUCUGGAUCUAUACAUGUUAAUCCACGAUUUUUAUCGAUGCCUCAACAAACCGCAACGUCGAUCGUGUCGCCUGUUAAAUUGCCACCCGGGGAACCGGUGACCACAACAGAGGCAGUUAUGCGAGAGCAGCUAUUGAAGAAGCAACGGGAGUUGCUAGAACUGCAAAAGAAGAAAAUUGAACUAGAAUUAUUACAAGCUAAAGCCAGCUUAGAACAACAGCAGAGACAACUUGACAAACAAGCCGGAAAUUUAAAGACAGAAAUAGUUACAUCCACCGCACAUGUUCCACCGACUACGGAGGCAGCAACGUCAGGAAAAACUGUAGCAUCCACAGUGCCAAAUCAAACGCCGAUAGACGUAACAAAACAAUUUCCUGCAGCCACAGCGUCGCUCUUGAAGAACGCAAGAGCCAGUGGCGGUCCACGAAUUUCACCGGUCAGUAUGAUGCAAAUAGCGAGGGAUAAUAAGAUCAAUGCUACUCCACGAGAUCCACGUUUGAAGCUGAAUCCUGUUGUUCAGGAUGUUGUAACGCCUACGGCAACAGUAGACCCACGUCAACGGUCGAGUAUAACAAGCCCAAAAGAAUCGCGAAGUGAAGGCCAAACGCAGCCAGUCGCAAAUACAAUUGUAACUUCAAACCAAUUAAAGCAGCAAUUUAUCUCGAAACCGGCUGUAACUAGCACUGUCAACAAGCCUCCGGCAGUUCCUGCCGGUUCUGAUAAUUCAACGUUAUUAAACGUUAUUAAUAACAAUCAUGCUAAUACGAACCUCAACAACAAUAAUAAUAAUAAAAAUUUCAGUGAUAACACAAAUAAAGAUGCUGUCUUGCAUCGAACGAGUCAAAAGAAAGACCCUCGAUUGACUAGUAAUAGUAGUAACCUAAACAGUAACAGCUCCAAGAACAGUCAGAAUUUAUCGGCUAGUAAUAGCUCAUCUUCAGCUUUGUCAGCGAGCAAUCGGGGAAGUGGAAGCGGUGAUUCAAGCAGCAAGUCCAAAGAUUCGAAGAGCUCGAUCUCACGCGGCUCUUCCUCGUCUUCUUCGACAUCUGAAAAAUCUUCCACUUCCUCCAAAUCCUCGCAUAGGAAACUAGGGAAUAAGUCGCGGUCUAAACACCCUCAGAUGUGUCCGAAUAAAAUACCGAAAAUCGACAGAGACUCGAGUCCGGUUAGGUCGAAAUCUCGCGAGAAAGACAGCGGAGACAGUUCACCGUCCUCACGUACCUCUCCAAAAUCCUUCCAAGCCUCUUCUAAAAAUCGCAAGAAAAAUAUGAAAUCGAGAAAGCGUAGUCCGAGUCCUCCGUACAGAAUCCCCAGGCGAAAUGAUACAAAAUCGGGCUCUUCAAGCUUAAACAGUUCUGGCGGUGUUACUGAGGAGGAGCAAUCUGGUUCGCUGAUAGUAUCUCCUCCUCAUCCACCUGCAUUCAAAGAGAUUCGACCAAACGCUAGGCAGAGAAAUUAUGUAAGGCGUAAUAAAGAUGACAGUCUUAGUCCGGAACAUUCUCCAGCCUCCAGUGCUGGAAAUGCUCAAAUCGCUGCUGAACCAACAUUGGAAUCCUCUAGUAAAGACGAAGAUCUCAGGGCGCCGCUAUCUCUACCUACCACUGCUGUGUCUGUAUCUGAAAAGAAAGAGGAUUUAGAUCUACGAGUAUUACCGUCUGUUAAUACUAAUAAAAGACGCAGUGAAGAACAUAUAGAAGUAACACCAUCUAAGAAAUCUAAGGCUGAGAAAUUCGAUGCAUUAUUUGGUAACGAAGACGUAGAUUUGCGCACUCUGACACAUCCUAAGGCAGGUCGACCGCCGACACCUCCGCCGCCCGUAAUUUCCGGCGAGGACGGAAAGGACGGCUGGGCGAAAUUGAAAACGCCCACAAAGAACGACAGAGAAAAGCAAGUCAACAACACCGACGAUAAACGUGACAGAGAUCGCAACAGGGACCGACUUGGUCGUCUCAGACUGUACAAUAAGCUGCCGGACGAUCCUAAAGAGAGAAGAAGAACGUUGUCGAACGAAGAUCAGGACGGCAGGCCUGGGCGCAGAGGCAGAGAGAACGACAAGUCCGAGAGAAAUGACGACAGAAACAUCGAGAUAAUAAUGAAACAAGCCGCCGAGCAGUUGAAUCAGGGAUCAAUCACGAAGUCACAGUACAACACCUUGAUCCAGGAGGUGUUGCACAUGAGCGAAGAUCGAAAAUUGCGCGCGGCGCAGCGUAAGGAGAAGGAAGGCGGUACUGUAAUAUGGGAGAAGAGCAUCAACAUGGAUGUGGAUCGCGCCGCGACGUUCAGUCCAUCCAGCGAAAAGGAUAUCUUGCGAAACAAGGAUCAUCCGAUAACGCGAAAUCCGAACGGUCCAAGAUGGCAGAAUCAGCCGUGGCAGCAGCCGUGGGCACAUCCGCCGGGGCCGUACGGCGGACCUCAAGGACAUUACAACGCAGAUUUGCGACCGGUCGCUCCCUGGCAGAAUCCGAGACAUUUUGGUCCAAUGAGACCGGAUUAUCAGUAUCACGGUGGUUUCAAUCACAAUCUAGGUCCCAAUGCGCGUUUAGGACCCAGUAUGAUGGGUCCGCUGGGUCCCAACGGCCCGAUCAUGUCGAAUCUUUUGCCGAACGGCCCGCUAGGACCGAUCGGUCCCCUGUCGAACUCUCCUAUGACAAUGGGAUGCCAUCCCGCGAUGAUAAUGAACAACGGACCGAUGACGAAUCUUCUGCCAACUCCGAAUAUACCGCCAUUAACGUCCAGCAGAAACGUGUCGCCAAAUACGUCCGCCAAAUACGAUCACGAAGACAACGAUCAAAAUUACUCCGUGGUGAAGAACACGGUCGCGCACAAUCGGGAAUUACCGCCGCCCGAUUCGAAGUUACUGACGGAGAUCGCACGUGACACCAUGAAAUCGAUAAACAUAGACAACAUACCGCGUGAGAUUCGAUACUACGGACAGACGGGUGUGGUUUUCAUGAACUGGGACGAUCCGCGCGAGAUCGGCUUCCAAGACGGCAUCAGAAGAAUAUUGAUCGACGAGAAGGACACUAUAACUUGUGCGUUUAACGAUCAGUACAAGGAGUUCAUGUACGAGGGAGAGGUGCACAGGAUCAAACUCGGUGCGCCCACUCGAGAAUUAUACGUCGACGACUGCUGGUACGAGUGUUACUUCGGCGGUAUGCCAAUAACAAUCGAACUCGGCGGGAAGAAGAUCAGUGUAAAACUGGAGGGUCCGCCGCCGCAAGUCAAGAUCGGCACUGUGAAGAGAACGGAUCUCGUCGUCGCGAAAAUCAAUCUCAUUAUCAACGCUCGAAAUAUGGUGCCCGUAUUUUUGGACGCAAAGCCGCAAGUUUUCGAAAUUGAAGGAAAACCUCACACGUUGGAGUUCACGGAUGCCCUGCAAACGGUUCUUCUCAACGGACGACCGUUCAAAGUUGAAUUCGGCGGAUUACCAAAGCCCAUUAUUGUCAGAGAGAAGAAGCAUUUCAUUAGGUUCUCGGUCUUACCGAGAGGUGUGCGCGCUGGUCACGUUAAAAUUAGCGGAAUGAAAGGCGAAGGACCCAUCGAGUCACCACCGCCAUCGACGUCUCUGCUAUCUCAAAAACCGAAAGUGGAAGCUGCGCCGGUGCCAAGCCAAUUGCCAGCUUUGGAACAAGAAUCCACGUCGCAAGAUGGCUCGGAAUUCCCUUCUGCGUCGAAGCCAGACUUGCAAUUGGACAUAUUGUCUUCUGUUUUGCCAUCGGCUAUGGCGCCUUCAUCCGGUUUGUCGUAUCAAGCCGAACCUGUAGAAAAUCCGUCUGCGUCAGUAACGACACUGAAUAUGAACGAGCUGUUCCAAAGGCUAGUCGAAACUGGUAUUGUUCCUAAUAUUACGGAACAAAAGAAACAGGAAGAAGAAGAGAAGAAAAAGCCCGAGAUCACCCCGGUCUCUUUCGACAAGCCAGAAACCCUUAAAAUCAAACAGCCGGCUAUCUCCGCGGCGUUGUACAGCGGUAUGCAAUGCAGUUCUUGCGGUGCCAGAUUCGCGCCCGAACUGGCUACUCGGUACAGCCAUCACUUAGAUUGGCACUUCAGGCAGAACAGACGCGAGCGAGAUUCCGCGAGAAAGGCUCAUUCUCGACCGUGGUAUUAUGACGUCAGCGAUUGGAUACAGUUCGAGGAGAUCGAAGAUUUGGAAGACAGAGCGCAAAGUUGGUUCGAAACGGAAAAGCAAACGGCGGAAACGGAAGGUGUGGCUGCUGACGAAUUGCCUCAGGAGACGCAGCAGCCUAGCGUCCCGACCGGCAGUGACGAAGAUUCGCGCUGCCAAGUGUGUCACGAUGCGUUCGAGCAAUUUUACAACGAGGAAAAGGAGGAAUGGCAUCUGAGACCGGCGGUUCUUUACGAGGAAAAGAAUUAUCAUCCGCUCUGUUUGGAAGAUUACAAGGAAAAAAGUUUAGUGAGAGCGUUAGAAAAGUCAGCGUUGGCGCUUGAGGAGACUAUUUUAGAAGGUGAGGAGGGUAAGACGGAAGAAACACCCGAAGACGAGUCUAAACAAGAAGAAACAACGUCUAAAGUCGAAUCUAACACAGAAGCGCCCGGAGAUGAAACCAAACAAGAACCGGACGUAGAAAUAUCGACCACAGAAGUCGAGUUCUCCGCGGAGAACGCGGAACAAGCAGAUCACUCAGAAACUGGCGUGUUAGAUGACAAAGAGAAGACUAGUACCGAGAAUUCCGAAGACAAGAGCGCGCAAAACGUUGCGGAAGAGAAAACGAGGACGGAGAAUGAGAACAGUGAGGAAGAUACAGUUACGGAAAGUGGCGAGAAUGAGAACGCGUCUGCGAAAGUUGAAGAGUCUCCGGGCGAAGCAAUCAUGCCGUUCGAAAAUAUCAAGAUUAAGGAGGAACCGCUUGAUAUCGACGAAGACGCCAAUCAAGAUUCGGAAAUGUUUUUGUGUGAAAACAUUCAUAUCAAAGAGGAACCUGUAGAAGAACCUAUAGAACCAAAUCCCGAGGAAAUCACAGUCGACACGACAUACACUGCAGUGAAAAGUUCCAUAGAUGGUAACGUGGAAUUGGAAUCGACACCGGCUCCCAUCGUCGCGGCACCGUCGCGAAUUAAGAUCAACAUCACAAAGCCCCUGAGUUCUAACAAAGAGCCGGAGGACACUAAAGAGAAGGAAAAAGUGGAAACGCCUCCGGUAGAGGAGAACGUGGAACAGCCGUUAGUAGCAGUGUCCAUUAAACCGAGUUUACAGGGUAGGAAAUUGUCGAACUUACCUCCCGUGGAGAAGGGACAAGAAUUGUCCGGACUUUGCUCUAUUAUGUAAAUAGUUUCGUGUAAAUAAUUCGGGAAAAAAAAAAAAAAAAAAAAAACGAUAAUCGUUGCGUAUUCGAGAGUGACGCGCGCGAGUGUACAAAAAAAAAAAAAAUUAUUAUAAAUUUGAACGUUCGGAGCACGCAUCUAGAUCUUAAGUUUAUUCUUCUUGUACAUAAGUUUGUACAGCUUAUACGACACGAUGCGUAUCCUUGAGGGAAAUAUACUUUGAGUUUUUUUUUUUUUUUUUUUUUUAAUACGUUUAAUCUGUGUGUUUUGUUAAUCUCUUUGUGCGAGGUGUUGAGCGGCACGCGACGCUCUCUUUCGCGUGAUGGAUCGCGCGCGUUUACGACAAUUUGUCGCAACUUUGUACAAAUUUUGCUCGAUUCUCGCGCGCGAGAUCCGUCAUCGCGAGAAAGAGAGAGCGUCGUGUGCCGCGGGCUCUCUCUCUCUCUCGUCUCUUUUUUUCACGCAUGACAAAAUUUAAAUCGGAUUUAACUACCGAGAACAUAGGAGUCUUAUAUCGAUUUACGUGGAAACAAAAAAAAUUCCGAAGAAUAUUUAAAACGGAUGGAUAAUCGUCAGGUCGUACAAGCUAAAAAAAAAAAAAAAAAAAAA